AUGCAGUCCAACCUGGCCAAUGCCACUGAGGUGGGUUGUGCGAAGCAGUCCGCGCGGCGUGCGCGAAGAAUGGCGCAAGCGCUGGCCUCAUCUCUGCUGUUUAAUGUAUUCUUUGCUCUUGUCAUCGUCUCUAACUCUCUGUUUCUGGGCAUGCAGCUGGAAUGGAGCGCAACCAGCUUGAUGGGAGGGCAGGAAGAAUCAAGUUUCUUCGCCAUUCACGUGACUUACGCUAUCCUUUUUACAGUUGAGAUGACCAUUCGGAUCUCUGCAGUUGGACCUCUGGAAUACUUUUGUGGGAAUGGCUGGGCAUGGAAUUGGCUGGAUGUUUUCGUUGUUGCUCCAGCUUGGGUGGAGCUCGCUCUCGAUCUCAGUGCUCCUUCCCAGGCUGGCUCAGAUGGAGGUGCUUCAAGCAACCUCCGCAUCGUGCGGGUCUUCAAGGUGACGCGGCUGUUGCAGGUUGUUCGCUCUGUCCGCCUUAUCAAGUUUCUGGGGGCUUUACGGGCGCUGGUUAUGUCUGUCGUGGACACAACCCGACAGCUUGCAUGGGCACUGCUGUUACUCGGGUUGGUCAUCUACAGCUUUGGCAUACUUUUUGCAGAUGCUGCGCUGGACCAUUCGCUGCGAUAUUCCCUUGGAGAUGAACAUGCCCUGAUGUUGUAUUUUGGUGGAGUGUAUCUGUCCUGUCAAACAUUGUUCAGGGCCAUUUUAGGCGGCCUCGAUUGGGAGGUGGCCGCCAAUGCCCUUAUUGAUGUCGGCUGGUUUUGGGUGCAACUCUUUCAUACAUACAUAGCUUUCUGUGGAUUUGCCGUGUUAAAUGUAAUGACUGGGGUAUUUGUGAAUUCCGCGAUAAAGACCCGCGAGCGUGAUCAUGAAACUCAGCUUCAGAACAAGCAGCGGUUCAAGGAGCUAGUUUCGAAGAUAUGGUCCAGGAUGGAUUCCACAGGCGUCGGCCAAAUUACAAUCACCGAGUUUGAGAAAAUGUUUGAAGAUGAUGAAAUGAAAGCCUUCUUCCAGACCAUUGAGAUCAAUGCAGUGGAUGCUUGGACCUUGUUUGAUAGCUUGGAUGUGGAUGGCGAUCAUACGGUCAGCUUGGAUGAGUUCUCUGAGAGGUGCAUGCAGCUGCAUGGGCCCGCCAGAUCUGUGGAUUUGUAUGCCCUGAUCAAGCAGCUCCACGCACUCGAAGAACAGCAACAGCACAU